UUCCACACAAACCGUUCGCCAUGGACAGUGAACCAAAGACAGUUUCCUCUGCGACCUGCAUAUGCAGCUACAUUAAAUGGAUGUCAAGGUUUGACGCUAACGCAAACCGUGCUCGACCUCUGGACCGAUCCCUUCGCUCAUGGUCGAUUGUGCACGGUGUUGUCGAACGUGAGAACGCGAAGAGAC